CCCUGCACCCUCUGGCCCUACCCCCAGGCUGUGAGGUGGUCCCGGAUGUCAACCUAUCGGGGGGCAAAUUCUGCAUCAAACUGCUGGUGCCAUCACCCGAGGGCAUGAGCGAGGUGCAUCUGCGCUGCCAGGACGAGAAGCAAUACGCCCACUGGAUGGGUGCCUGCCGUCUGGCUGCCCGGGGCCGCACCAUGGCCGACAGCACCUACAGGGCCGAAGUCCAGAACAUCCUGGCCUUCCUGCAGCUGCAGCGUGCUGGCUCCAUCUCUGGCCCCACUGCCAACCCCACCCCUGCCCCUGAUGGAGCAGGGCCCACCUGGCUCUUCCCUCCACGUUACCAGAAGAAGUUCAAGCCCAAACAGUUAACCCCACGUGUGCUGGAGGCCUACCAGAACGUGGCCCAGCUCUCGCUGACCGAAGCCAAGAUGCGCUUCCUGAAGGCGUGGCAGGCGCUGCCCGACUUUGGCAUCACCUACUUCGUGGUCAGGUAAGGGCGGCCGGCG